GACCAGGCAUCUCGUCUUCUUGAAUCGUCAGUAUACCCGAUUUCUCGCGCCUUAACCAAACUGGCCUCUACCAUCGGAGCCUCCUCCUUCCCGGUUUAGUCGCCCAAAAAUUCGCCUUCGCAGCUAUUCCAAUAGUACUGCGCCGGAAACCCUUUGGACAUAUUCUCCCUGCCCGGUCUGCGGACCAUCGCCUCCGCGAAUCCUCUCCCAUCCAGGCCGGAAUCUUGGGCCAACUUUUGUUUCUAUCCACGACCGACCCUGACUGUUUUCCCAAGGACGCAUCACAUUUGUCGCCAAUAUGACCGAGGUAUCCUCCACCAGGCUGUACCUGGGAAACCUUCCUCGCAAUGCCACCAAAGCUGACGUCGAGGCCCAUUUCGCGACCCAUGGCACUGGCGAAAUCACUGAAAUAAAGCUCAUGAACGGAUUCGGAUUCAUCGAGUACAAGGAUGCCAUGGAUGCUCGCGAUGUUGUUCCUGCCUUCCAUGGAUCCGACUUCAUGGGCGAACGCUUGACUGUACAAUUUGCCCGUGGAACCCGUCACAGGGAGGGCGGCAGUGCCGGUGGCUUUGGCAACAAUGAGCGCGCUCCUCCCAGGCCUCGCCGCACUCCCCACCGAAUGCAGAUCACGGGACUUCCCACCGAUACCAGUUGGCAGGACCUCAAAGACUUUGCUCGUCAGUCAAGCCUUGACGUUGUCUACUCGGAAACGCCCCGCGACGGCAACGGGCGCGGCUUCGUUGAAUUCGAGACUGCGGCGGACUUGAGAACCGCCGUAGAGAAGCUUGAUGGCCGAGAAUUCAAGGGAAGCCGCGUCACCUGUGUAGCAGACACACAACCGGACAUGCCGCCUCGCGGCGACAUGCGCAGCGGCGCUCGAUCUCGUUCGCCCGGCGGCGGCCGUCGACCCUACCCGCCUCCAGUCGACGACUACGACCGACGUGGUCCCCCGAGAGGCUACAGUCCACGCCGAGAUGGUUAUCGUGAAGGAUACCGUGAGCGUAGUCCCCGCCGCGAGUACUAUGACGAGCGUGCUCGUUACCGCUCUCCUCCGCGUCGCCCCAUGGACGAUUAUCCCCCUCCGCGAGGCCGUUACGACGAUCCUUACAGGCGGGAUUACCCCCCGCCACCCGACCCCUAUGUCAACGGCAGAGGGCCGUACGACCGCCCUCCCAGAGACUUCCCUCCUAGGGAAGCAGGUUACCCGCGUGAUGGGUACCCUCGCGAGUAUGAACGUGGUGGCCGUUACUGGUAACUCACUCCUGCUCAUAAACUUGCCUCAUAGGGGCUGUCCUUGACUCUGAAUAGAUCCUGGAAGCACCUCCACUUCAAUGGCUCAAGCCAGAUUGGUAAAUAUCAAUAGCAACAAGCGGUGUUCCGUGGUAGUGGGAUGAGGUAGUUUGUUCGUCACGCAGACGUCCCAGGCUUGUUCCAAAUUGCGAUUUUUGUCGAAGCAUCAUCAACAACACAGCUGCGGAUGCAACAAUGUAGGGUCCGUUGAGUUCAGGAGGGGAAAAAUGCCGAGUGCCUGAUGUAUAUUGUACGAUUACAUGCAUGGAUAUCCACCAAAAAUGAAUAGGCGUAUUCGCCUCAUGAGCACACAUCUUGGUUUCUCGAGACUGGCUUUCAGAUUGAUUUAAUAAUGGCAUCAUGG